GUGUAGGCCGUGGCAUCUCCGCACAGCGUGGGCCUGGCUGGUUCGUCUCCCCCUGUCUCUGCUCGGAGCCUGGGAGGAUGCUUUUGAAAUGAAUCAGGAAAUUACUUAUCAAUCUGAAGCCCCAAAGAGCUAUGAGUCCUCCUCACUGCCAAAGGGAGGGAGAUUUCAAGUGAAAGCUCCACAUCUGUGUGCAGUAGAGUUCAAAGACUCAAGCUGUUGGAAGGUCUUGCAAGCGAUAGCCAAAGAUGUUUGUCUUGCUCUAUGUUACAAGUUUUGCCAUUUGUGCGAGUGGACAACCUCGGGGUAAUCAGUUCAAAGGAGACAGCUACUCCCCAAGAUAUAUCUGUAGCAUUCCUGGCUUACCUGGACCUCCAGGCCCCCCUGGAGCAAAUGGCUCCCCUGGGCCCCAUGGUCGGAUCGGCCUUCCAGGACGAGAUGGUAGAGACGGCAGGAAAGGAGAGAAAGGUGAAAAGGGGGCUGCAGGUUUGAGAGGUAAGACUGGACCACUGGGCCUUGCUGGAGAGAAAGGGGACCAAGGAGAGACUGGGAAGAAAGGACCCAUGGGACCUGAGGGAGAGAAAGGAGAAGUAGGUCCUGUUGGGCCUCCUGGACCAAAGGGAGACAGAGGAGAGCAAGGGGACCCAGGGCUGCCUGGUGUUUGUAGAUGUGGAAGCAUCGUGCUCAAAUCUGCCUUUUCUGUUGGCAUCACAACCAGCUACCCAGAAGAAAGGUUACCAAUUAUAUUUAACAAGGUCCUCUUCAAUGAGGGAGAGCACUACAACCCUGCAACAGGGAAGUUCAUCUGUGCUUUCCCAGGGAUCUAUUACUUUUCUUAUGAUAUCACAUUGGCAAAUAAGCAUCUGGCAAUUGGGCUGGUACACAAUGGGCAGUACCGGAUAAAGACCUUUGACGCCAACACAGGAAACCAUGACGUGGCUUCAGGGUCCACAGUCAUCUAUCUGCAGCCAGAAGAUGAAGUCUGGCUGGAGAUCUUCUUCACUGACCAGAAUGGCCUCUUCUCAGACCCAGGUUGGGCAGACAGCUUGUUCUCUGGAUUUCUCCUAUAUGUUGACACAGAUUAUCUAGAUUCCAUAUCAGAAGAUGACGAGUUCUGAUGAGGACUGCUGGUCUGAAUGUCCCAAGAUCCUUGUGACAGACACAUUGAUUUAAUCUGGGGCCCUGGAAGGUGGGACAAGCAGAAAUGAGAUACAAAAAGACACCCACUCAGAUUCCAGAGAAUUUACAGACAGUUCUAGCAGAAUUUAUUAAAACAGGUUGAACCACCAAACCAUUGAAACCACACCAAAUUGAAUUCUAUAAAACAAUAACCCCAGAUAUGUUUUCUCAAAAACGAUGUUCAUAAAUAUUUAAACAAAUUAAAGACAAUGUUACAAA